CCCAAUCCGUUAGGCAGCAGGUUCGCCUGUGAGUCUUCCCGGGCCGGCCCUGUGGUCCAGGUUGCAGCUUCGUUGGGGAGACCAGCCCUGCCGCGCAAGGGUAUGAAGUUGGCAGGGUCAGAGGUGGAGAACGUAGGUGAAGGCAGAGGAAUCUUCAAGGGGGACUGAGCUUGGAUGCUCAGAGAGGGAAAUGAGCUGGUGACAGAUGGAUGGAAAGGGCCCAGGGAUAGUCGCAAUGGGGGAAGCCACUGUUCCAGCAAUACCUCCAUCUAAAUUGGUGGAGGGAAACUGGGAAGAGACAGAAGGCCGUUUAAAGGCAGGAGAUACAUGGGCUUGGGGACAGGUGAAUUCCAAUACCGGCCUUGGCAGGCGGGGACCAGGUGAAGUCCCUGUAGCCUGCGUGGACCCGCGGCAGAAAGAGGGACGAGCUGCGACGCUCUCGCUCCUGCCCACGCGCGGCCACAGGCUCGGACCACUGCAGAGCAAUUAGGGUGGAAGGGUUCCUCCUGGGCACCGGUCCGCGACGCAAGUUGGGGGCGCGUCCUCCGUCACGCCCUCGCCCAGCCCUGCGCUAGCUUCAGUCUGGUCCCCACGCCCCCUAACAGUCCCUCAGCUUCCGCGCGCCUGGCCCGUCCGGGGCCCUCCCUCUCCACCCGCCUCGGUGUAUCGAUCCUGGUGCCCGGGCUUAGCGCCUCGGGGCGGGUCCCUGCCGCCUGCACCUGCCCCCGGGGGCGGAGCGCAGCGGCGACAGCGCGGCUCCAGCAUCCGCCACACGCCCAGCUAGCGGCGGACCUGCCGCUCACCGCGGUCGGGGUGAAGCUCUCUCUCCGCGCCCUCGGUCCCUUGUCACUUCGGGACUCGUGUCCCUAUCGCGAGGAUCUGAAGCCCCGGCGCCAUGGAGCCGGCCUUGAGCAGCGAGCGCCGUAGUCCCCCUGGCCUCGGAGUCCCGCGGCCGCCACCGCGGGGCCACGCGCCCUCGACUGCUGCCCCCAGUCCGACCCCGGUGAGCUCCUCAGUGCAGUCGGACGAGGAGAGGCAGCCGCGGAUCAGUGAGAGCGGCCAGUUCAGCGACGGGCUGGAGGAUCGAGGUUUACUAGAAAGCAGCACCCGGCUGAAACCUCAUGAAGCCCAGAACUACAGGAAGAAGGCAUUGUGGGUAUCCUGGUUCUCCAUUAUUGUCACCCUGGCCCUGGCAGUGGCCGCCUUCACUGUCUCCGUCAUGAGGUACAGCGCCUCUGCCUUUGGGUUUGCAUUUGACGCCAUCCUGGAUGUGCUGUCCUCGGCCAUUGUCCUCUGGCGUUACAGCAACGCGGCAGCUGUACACUCUGCUCACAGGGAAUACAUAGCCUGUGUCAUCUUGGGGGUGAUCUUUCUUCUGUCAUCUAUAUGCAUAGUGGUCAAAGCCAUCCAUGACCUUUCAACAAGGCUGCUCCCUGAAGUGGACGAUUUCCUGUUCAGCGUCUCCAUUUUAAGUGGGAUCCUUUGCAGUGUCCUGGCUGUGUUGAAGUUUAUGCUGGGGAAGGUCCUGACGAGCAGAGCUCUCAUCACAGAUGGGUUCAACUCCCUUGUUGGGGGAGUGAUGGGCUUCUCCAUCCUUCUGAGUGCGGAGGUGUUCAAACACAAUGCGAGAGUCUGGUACCUGGACGGCAGCAUCGGUGUCCUGAUCGGCCUCACCAUCUUUGCCUAUGGGGUCAAGCUCCUCGUCGACAUGGUGCCCAGAGUGAGACAGACGCGCCACUAUGAAAUGUUUGAGUGAAGGUGGUUGGAGGGGCUGCAGGGAUGGCCCCAGCGAAGAGCGUCACCAUGGUGAUAAGAGGUUUCCACGAAGGCAGAUGGUGCCAAUAUUUAACUGCACAUCCAGCUUCAUUUGGGGAAGUUUUUGUUCAUAGAGUCUGUCAUCAUGGGAUGAGGUCUGCCUGGAGGCUGGACCUGCCCUACACCCUCACCCCGUUGUCCACUAUCAAACACAUGUGUUGCCCAUGGGAGGGGCUGCCACGCUUCCCAACCUUGAGCCGGAAGUGACAUUUUCUAUUUCCUGGAAUCAAACAGUUUUUGAAAGCAGGCUAGGGUCUAUGCUUGACAGGAAGCCACUUGUGGCACUCACUGGCAGCCAAAAACCAGAUAGUAACUGACCGGGUUGCCUCCUCCCAACACACAUGGGCCAAAACCACCUCCAGAGUCACACUCCUGUCUCCUAGCGUACCCCAUCCGCAAAUUCCUUCCUAACGUCUAUCAACUCGUUUCAUACACUUUUACUAAUCGUGACACUAAACAGAUUUGUUCAGAAGGAGACCAUUCUAUUUUUUAAAGUGUUUAGUGACCUAUGAGCUUUGCAUGGACAGGGUAUGUAAGCACACAGUCCUUUCUUCCACAUCCAUGAGAACCCAGGAACCAUUUUUGAGAGAUGUGAAACUCUAUACAUUUAUUUGUAAUAAAUAAUUAUAAUCAUUACCCAAAUAUAUAUAUAUAUAUAUAUAUAUAUCUGUAUGUUGUGCUCAGUGGUCAUGGUGCCUCAGAGUCUGUGAGAAGUAGACCGGUCACUCCUCCACAGGACCAAGAUGUCCUCAGCUGAUGUAACAGGUGUAAGUGCUGUAGACAUGUCCCCAUCCCACCACGUUCUGUAGCUCUCACGGUACUGCCCACAUGGGCGGUCAUGUCAGGCCAAUAAAGACCUUUACCAUUUGUA